AGAGAGGGGGAGAGAGAGAGCAGCUGAGUGAACCAGGGAGUAUGAAGCUGCCUCUGUGAACUAGACUCAUUGUAUUCAGGGUACUGAAGGAACAGAGAAACAAGAGCUUAGCUGAGUGUGUGAAUCGGAGAGAGUGAGCUGGACAUACCAGAAUAGCAAAACAGCCACUAAACUAAAAAUGGGUCUAGCCCUUUGAAUACACUUCAGUCGUGCCCUCUGAGAGGAUGUGUUGUCUGCGCCAUUUCUUCCAGGAAAUUGCAGUCUACUUUAGAGCAAGCCAGGCAUCUGGAUGGUUCACUUAAGACUCAGCCCAGCCACGGAAUGGAACUGAACCAAACUAUAACUAAAGCAAAAGCUAUACAUGAAAUCAGCCUGAUCAGUGGGGCCUCCACUUAGCUUUGUUUUGCUUCUUGCUCUUCCUGGGAAGGAUCCCUUCUCUUGAGGGCAUGCUGGUGACAGAAUGAAGUGGGAGCCUCGCAGCUCACACCCACAUUUCCAGAGGGGGCGUGUCCUGAUGCAGCCCGGGUGGGGCAAGCGUGUGUGGGGGGCCACUUCCUGUGUCUCUGCAAAUCUGCCUCCCCACUGACAUCCUGCGUUUUGGUAGCGCAUUACCCUGCCACGCUGCUGGAAGCCGCUGCUGUGAGGAUGGAGAGACCGCAGAAACAGGAGAAGAAGGGAGGGAGGGGAUCCAAUCAGGCAGCGGAGUCCAGGAAUGGAGCGGUCAGCCGCUGCUCAGCCUCCUGUAGGAAAGCCUCGCCGUCGUGUUGACAAGAUAAGCGGGCCGCUCCCUUGAAUGUUCUCCUGUGUUUUUACUUGCACUUUAAAUUCCUAGUUUUACUUGACCUAGAACACAAACCAGAAAAGUGGUUCGAAAUAGACCGGAAUCAUGCGACACAUACAUGUUGAAAUUGCGCGUAAGGAGGUUCCUGUGGAGCCGCCGGUGCAGCAGGGAGGCCUGCCAGCCUCUCGGGCUCAUGCCCUGGCCUUGGACUCCAGGCCUGCUCCUAGGCUUGUCAGGCCUUUCGGGGAGGAGGAGAUCAAGUUGCAGAAGGCCUACCAGCUGUCGAUCUUCUCCCAGCUGGGGGGUUUCUCGGAGCUUCCUGAGGGGCAGAGGCUAGCGAGGGCAGGCGGGAAGAGGAGCUCGGAGGAGCCACUCUCGGAGCCCAAGCGGCUGCACCUGGAGGAUUCCUGGGAAGACGGCCCACAUGCUGAGCUUGUGCAGGAAUAUCAGCUGCCUGUAGAUACACUAGAAGGUCAGGCCUUAUGCUGCCCGAACCUUCUCCAGAUGAGCCCCCCUACCCAAGCCACCAUCACACCCCCUCGGGCCUGUGUUUCCACCCAGCAGAAUCACAACCAGUUAGUGCCCAGUACAGAGACCCCCGGCUCCCCUAAAAACCAGUCCCAAGCUGAUCACCCAUUUGAGCUCAGUGGCACCAUUUCCCAGACCCCCCACCCCAGGACUGGCUUUUCACUGGGAGGCAGCAGCACAGACGGCUUCCACAAUGGAGGGACAGCGAAAUCAGAAAUGGACUCAGCAUCCAGUUCUCUGGAGGGCUGUUCAGACAGGACAGUGGGUGGUGGAUCUUCCUCAUCAGUGCACAACAGUCCAGCUUCUCCAGACAAAACCCCGAGUGGCGCACGGACGCCACUCCCUGGCCCAGGGUGCCCCCCGCUUGGGGCCUGCCCAGCUAAGCGGAGACUCCUGUCCCCCAGCGACACGGGGGAGUCCUGCUCCGAGGAUGAAGGCCCAUCCACCUCCAAGAGGAGCCGCCUGACAUCACUGGGCCCAGGCCUUGGCCUGGGAUCGUGCCGCAGCACUGACGCCAAGGCCGCCCCCUUCUGGAAUCACCUCCUGCCUGCCGCCCGCGAGUGGCCCAAAGGUGUCACUCCUGACUGCCCCCGAGGAGCCCGAAGACUGAAAAGUGGACUUAGACUGAAAUCGCAUCAGCUCCGUAGCCGAUGGAGGGGGGAGAGAUCCCGCGCUGGUCACUCUCCUUGGCCUGCAGCAUCUAUCAGUCGCUCCCUGCUGGGAAGUUUCGAGGAGUCAAUCCUGAAGGGGCGCUUCUCCCCGUCGGGCCAAAUUGAGGGCUUCACAGCGGAGAUCGGUGCUAGUGGCUCCUACUGCCCCCAACAUGCCACCCUCCCGGUUCAGGUCACCUACUAUGACAUUUCAGAGCAGAGCGCCCCAUCACCCUUUCUGGGAGUUAUUUACCUAGAGACUCUUGGGAAGAAGGGAUACAGCGUACCCAAAGCAGGGACCAUCCAAGUGACCUUAUUCAACCCCAACAAAACUGUGGUGAAGAUGUUCUUAGUAACAUACAAUUGUGAUGACAUGCCUGUCAAUCACGUGACCUUCCUGCGUCAUCGCAUCUUCCUGGUUCCCGUGGAGGAAGGGGAGAAACCAACAGUCCAGUCGGAGGAAGGAACCGCAGAAAGGAAGAAAAUUCUCUGCUACUUAAUACACCUCAGAUUCCAGAGCUCAAAAUCUGGAAAAAUCUAUUUGCACGAUGAUAUCCGGCUGCUAUUCUCCCGAAAAUCCAUUGAGGUGGACGCGGGGAUCCCCUACGAGCUUAAGUCCUUCACCGAGGUGCCAAGAAACCCCAAGUACUCACCCCGAGUCUGACAGCCUGCUUGGAACAAAGCUGAGACCUCGUCACAAAGCAGACGCACAAACAAGAAUGUUUAAAGUACAAAGAUGGGAAUGCAAACAAAGGACUUUUCCUCACGUUGGAGUCAACAUGCAUGCCUAGUGAUAGUAGAAGUAUUUUGUAGUGUUGUGAUAAACAUCUCAACCUGUUUCUAUCUACCAUUGUGAUUCCCUGAGUGGACCAGUCUCAGUCAGUAACAGCUUGGUUAUUUGAUCAUCUCUUGCUACCGUAGGUAGACCCAUAAGCACAGCCAUUAUUGGGGUAGUGAUGUCAUUCUUUUUGACAGGUGGGUGAAAGCAAUCCACAGCAACGUGUAAGGAUGUUAAAGGAGAAUUAAUCCUUUGUUUAGAUGAUGAAACUGCUCAGGGGUCUAUCACAUGACUGAUGACAUCUUAUUGGCUGGCUUUUCUGUGAGUGUUGACUCUACUAAUCACACACAUCACAGAAACUGCAAUAUAGCUCCCAAGUUCGACAUUGGAGGGCUCAAAAAGAGAGGUUCUACAGGAAGACGAGCUGUGGUUAUGUUGAUUAUGCCACCCUGCCUAGACUUUGUGCGUGCGUGCGUGUGUGUGUGUGUGUGUGUGUGCGCGCAUGUCUGUGCACGCACGCAUGUUGGAAGGGAAGCAAGACAGCGGCUUGCAUACUCAGUCUUCACAGGCAGACUAGAAGAGCACUGUGGGUUGGUAUGUUCUUCAGUUAAAGUUAGUUAAAUUAGUUUAUUUAUUUUACAAGUGUCUUAAAGCAAUAGGCUACAGAGAUAGAGAGUGACUUUUUUUGUUGUUGUUUCCUAGGAGAAACUCUGACUGUUGUUGGCCAUCAAAUUGUAGUGUCACUCUGACUUGUGAAGAAAGACAGGGUGGGAUGGUGGGCAGGAGGAUGUAGGUGUGGGAGGGGGCAGGGGUGGGUUGAACACUGGGUGUUUCCAAUGUUUGUAUGUUUAAUAAAAAACUCAUUGGCUCACAGGUAACACAGGCGAUCGACGAUAGCCGGUAAAUCAGCAUAGGGAAUUGUAUAGUUCAGCUUACGUGACAAUCUGCCUUUGAAAGAACACAGUGUGAUUACUGAUGAUGUAAGAAAGCAGGCCGGAUACCCUGCCUGCAUACAAUUGGGCAUUUGGUUGUUUAGAGUCAAUCAUCACAUGCCAGAAUAAGGUGUCAAAUUGGGGUGCUAAGGUUGCGAAAAGCUAGAAUCAGUGUUUUAUUUCUCUUUCUUUCCAGAGCUUACUUCAGUGUCAAGCUUUGCUUUUAAAGACCAGUCAAGCGGUCCUACCAGCCAAAUGUAGAAAUAUCUUAUUUGGGGAUUAAGUGACAAACUCGGAAAGACAAUGUCAAGUGAAAAGAAAAUGUCAAAAAUAACUGGUUUUGAUUAAAUACCUGAUAAAAUGCAGACACACUGGCUUUGAAAAUUCAGUGUUCAGCACAAAUACUGUCUUUAUGCUAAUACUUUGUACUAUAUUUUUAUCCAGACAUUUCAUUGCACUGGCACAUUUUAAUUGAAAGGGGUUUAAGAUUUUUACUUGUUCUUGAAGUUGAUUACUGUGACUGGUUUGUUAUUCACCAAAGAAGAAAACAGAGUUAAUAACAGACCUUGAUGUUAAGUUGGAUCUUAUGUCAAUUUCACACCCAUUUCUAAAUAAGUGUAAAAUUUAUUUCAAGGAAAAUAUAGAGCAAUAUUUUAUUGCCAUUUUAAAAUGUUAAUUAGAAGUUAACCAUUUUAAACAAAUUUCCAUUUAAUUUUCAAAAUUAGAAUGCUUCCAUUUUUAAUGUAUUGUGAUAUUUAACAUAUGUAUCUGUGGGCUUCAUGAAUGUCAGUUUAUUUAUAUUCUGAUUUCACUGACAUUUUUCGAUGCAUAGAAAUAACUGGGUCAAAAGAGUAAAAAUGUGAUGUAUCACGAUUAUAAAUCUCUACUCAUCAGAAAUUCAAACUAAUGUCAUUCUUUGUGACCAGCAAGGUAUGUGUUGGUGUUGACACCCUGCCCACGUGAAAGUGCCAAAUGUUAGACAUUUUUUCCGACGGACACUGUACGAUCAGCAGAAGGCCUCUCCUCCUGUGUGCUGAACUGGGCCUCUGCUAGUCCCCUUGUAUGUUAAUUUCCCCUCUCUACUCCCUGUGUUACACUCAGCCGUGAGUUUUUGCCAUGUCAACAGUUAAUAGCUGUGGGCUGGUUUCUCUGCACAAAAUAAAAGUUUAAAUAUCAAA